CAUCGUGGCCAUGACGCGAUCGUCUCUGCCGCCGCUCCUUCCUCAAUGCAAAGCGAGGCCGGUGAAAGCCGAAGUGGUAGCGAAAUUGGUGGUAAUCAAAGAGGAGUUCACCGGCGAGCCGGAGAAGAAGGAGAAAUUGAAGGUUCCGGAGUCUCUGAUCUCGUUCAAGGAAGAGAGCAAUCGAGUCUCUGAUCUGUCCGAUUCGGAGAGGAAGGCUCUCGAUGAGUUCAAGCAGCUGGUCCAAGAAGCUCUGGACUCUCGCUCCUUCACCUCUCCUCCUCCUCCGCCGCCGCCAAAGGAGGAGAUUCGAACUUUCUCUUCCGCCGCUACCACCGCUGCAGCUACGGAAGCUCAAAAAUCUGAAGAUCAAAGCUCCGAUGUCAGCACAGAGAUUACUCCACCGGCCGCUGAAAAGCUAGAAGAAGAAGCUACUCCAGCAAAGGAAGAAGAGCCUGCGGCAACUACUGCUUCCUCUUCCUCGUCGGUUGAGGUGUCAAUUUGGGGGAUUCCGCUGCUGGAAGACGACAUAAGCGACGUCGUUCUGCUGAAGUUCUUGAGAGCUAGGGAUUUCAAAGUGAAGGAAGCGUUCACGAUGCUGAAGAACACGAUCCAGUGGAGGAAGGAAUUCGAAAUCGACGAGCUCGUGGAGGAAGAUCUCGGCGACGAUCUGGAAAAAGUCGUGUUUAUGCACGACCACGACCGAGACUGCCACCCGGUGUGCUACAACGUGUUUGGCGAGUUCCUGAACAAGGAAUUGUAUGAAAAGACGUUCUCCGACGAGGAGAAGCGGACUAAGUUCUUGCGGUGGCGGAUUCAGUUCUUGGAGAAGAGCAUUCGGAAUCUGGAUUUCACGCCCGGCGGUGUUGCCACGAUCUUUCAGGUGAGUGAUCUGAAGAAUUCGCCUGGACCAGCGAAAAGGGAGCUCCGAUUGGCUACUAAGCAGGUUGUGCAGCUGUUGCGAGGCCGGCGUUGAGGAUGGAGCGGCGACGGAGACGAUCGCGUCAUGGCCACGGUGGCGUAGAUGACAGAG